AUGUCUUCUCUAUCUCGUCGAGCCUGUUACAAGUGUGGCAAUGUUGGCCAUUAUGCCGAGGUUUGCUCCUCUGCUGAACGCCUUUGCUACAACUGCAAACAGCCAGGACACGAGUCUAACCAGUGCCCUCUCCCCCGUACUACCGAGGCGAAGCAGUGCUACCACUGCCAAGGGCUUGGACACGUCCAGGCUGACUGUCCUACUCUGCGCUUAAGCGGUGCUGGUGGGAAUGGUCGUUGUUACAACUGCGGUCAGCCAGGCCAUCUAGCCCGAGCUUGCCCUAACCCUGCUGGUGUUGGAAUCGGACGUGGUGCUCCGGUCGGCCGUGGUGGCUACGGUGGUUUUAGUCGGGGCGGUUUCGCCGGUGGACCUCGACCGGCUACCUGUUAUAAAUGUGGCGGGCCGAAUCACUUUGCGCGCGACUGUCAAGCUCAGGCUAUGAAGUGCUAUGCUUGUGGGAAACUCGGUCACAUCUCGAGAGACUGCACAGCACCUAAUGGUGGCCCUCUAAACACUGCUGGCAAGACAUGCUACCAGUGCGGCGAAGCUGGCCACAUUUCCCGCGACUGCCCUCAAAAGACCACUAACGGCGAAGUGCCGGCUGAGGUUGAGAUCCCCGCUGCUCCGGCUAUCCCCCCGGUAGCAUAA